UUGCAUGUUGCUAUAUAUACCCUUACUUGCCUCUUAAAACAACCAUACAGCUCAGAGAAACAUGAAGACUUAUCUCCUUCUCCUUCUCAUCUUCUCACUUCUCUUAUCAUUUUCCUCCGGUGAGCAAUGCGGUAGUCAAUCCAUACCCGAGGGAGCACUCUGCCCCAACGGUCUAUGCUGCAGCGAGGCUGGAUGGUGCGGCACCACCGAAGCUUACUGCGGGCAUGGUUGUCAAAGCCAGUGCAAUCCUGGUCCCUAUCCUCCUCCUCCAACCCCGCAGUGUGGUCGUCAAUCCAUACCCGCGGGAGCCCUCUGCCCCAACGGUCUAUGCUGCAGCGAGGCUGGAUGGUGCGGCACCACCGAAGCUUACUGCGGGCAUGGUUGUCAAAGCCAGUGCAAUCCUGGUCCCUAUCCUCCUCCUCCAACCCCGCAGUGUGGUCGUCAAUCCAUACCCGCGGGAGCCCUCUGCCCCAACGGUCUAUGCUGCAGCGAGGCUGGAUGGUGCGGCACCACCGAAGCUUACUGCGGGCAUGGUUGUCAAAGCCAGUGCAAUCCUGGUCCCUAUCCUCCUCCUUCAACCCCGCAGUGUGGUCGUCAAUCCAUACCCGCGGGAGCCCUCUGCCCCAACGGUCUAUGCUGUAGCGAGGCUGGAUGGUGCGGCACCACCGAAGCUUACUGCGGGCAUGGUUGCCAAAGCCAGUGCACUCCCACUCCCACUCCUCCUGCUCCCACUCCCACUCCUCCUACUCCCACUCCUCCUAGUCCUACCCCUCCUGGUCCCACUCCUCCUGGUCCCAGCGGUGAUCUUUCUGGCAUCAUUUCAAGAGAUCAGUUCUAUAAAAUGCUUAAGCACAUGAACGACAAUGAUUGUCAUGCUGUUGGUUUCUUCACUUAUGACGCCUUCAUCACCGCGGCUAAGUCUUUCCCGAGUUUCGGGAACACCGGAGACCUUGCCAUGAGGAAGAAGGAGAUAGCAGCCUUCUUCGGCCAGACUUCCCACGAAACCACCGGUGGGUGGUCGGGUGCACCCGAUGGAGCAAAUACAUGGGGCUACUGUUACAAGGAAGAAAUUGACAAAAGCGAUCCCCACUGUGAUAGCAACAACCUCGAGUGGCCAUGCGCACCAGGCAAAUUUUACUACGGACGAGGACCAAUGAUGCUGUCUUGGAACUAUAAUUACGGACCGUGCGGGAGAGACCUAGGACUCGAGUUACUCAAGAACCCAGAUGUUGCGUCCAGCGACCCAGUGAUAGCUUUCAAAACCGCCAUUUGGUUCUGGAUGACUCCUCAAGCUCCUAAACCCUCGUGCCACGACGUAAUCACCGACAAGUGGGAGCCGUCGGCCGCCGACAUUUCAGCCGGAAGGUUACCAGGUUAUGGAGUGAUUACGAAUAUCAUUAACGGUGGAUUAGAGUGUGCUGGUCGCGACGUCGCAAAGGUCCAAGAUCGGAUAUCGUUUUAUACAAGGUACUGUGGCAUGUUUGGUGUUGAUCCUGGAAGUAAUAUUGACUGUGACAAUCAAAGGCCGUUUAAUGAAGGUAGUAACGUUUUCUUGGAUGCUGCAAUUUAAUAAGUACUGUUAAUGAAGCUUUGUUGUAUCCAAGCAAUAAGAGAGUAUCAAAUUAAAUUAAAUAAAACUCCUUUUUAUUAA